AUGGCAUCCAAGCGGAGCAUUUUUCGCCUGUCUUCACAAUUGCUUGCCGAAUCUCAGACAGCUAUUCGGCCACAACCUCGGCAAUGUUCGCGGGCGGUUAAUAUCAAUGCAAUCAGACAUUUCUCAGCCACUAGACAGCGGAGACUGAUGGACUUGAGUGGUUUCACAGAAGAGCAAUUGACUGUUCGUGAUGCUAUUCAGAAGAUCUGCGCUCAAUUCCCCAAUGAAUACUGGCAACAGCAUGAUCAAAGCGAAACCGAUCCCAAGGAGCUCCAUGCGGCGUUGGCUGCUGAUGGGUGGCUGGGGAUUGCUCUUCCAGAAGAAUUUGGUGGUGCUGGACUGGGUAUCUCUGAGGCGACCAUGAUGCUACAGACGAUAUCACAGUCCGGAGCAGGCAUGGCAGGUGCACAGUCAAUCCAUGCUAAUGUCUACGCCACGCAACCACUGGCUAAGUUUGGCAAUAAAGAACAGCUAGAAUCAACGAUACCAGACAUCAUCAGCGGAAAGACGAGAGUAUGCUUCGGCGUAACGGAACCCAAUACCGGCCUGGACACACUACGGUUGAAAACCAGCGCCACGCGCCAGGGAGAUAAAUAUGUGAUUACGGGCCAGAAGAUCUGGAUCACCUGCGCGCAGGUAGCCUCCAAAAUGAUCCUGCUAGCUCGUACUACACCUCUUGAGGAGGUCACAAAACCCAGUGAAGGACUGUCGAUGUUCUGCAUAGAUAUUGACAAGUCGAACCCUGCACUCGAGCUUAAAAAGAUCAAGAAGAUGGGUGGCCGGGCCGUCGACGCCAACGAAGUCUUCUUUGAUCACUACGAAGUACCUGCAAACACUCUCAUCGGAACCGAAGGACAAGGCUUCAAGAUUAUCUUACACGGAAUGAAUGCCGAGAGAUGUUUGCUGGCAGGAGAGGCACUUGGACUAGGAUACGCUGCCAUUGAAAAGGCAGCCAAGUACGCGAAAGAGAGGGUAGUCUUUGGACGACCUAUCGGCAAGAAUCAAGCUAUUGCCCAUCCUCUUGCAGACGCAUACAUGAAUCUCGAGGCGGCGAAAUUGUCCGCUUAUAACGCAGCCCGUCUGUAUGAUCGGAGCACCAAGGACAAAAGCAUCAGCCAGCAUGCGGUCGGAGUGGCCUGCAACAGUGCGAAAUAUCUGGCAGCAGAAGCCGCAUUCCGAGCAUGUGAAAGGGCGGUGAUGACCCACGGCGGCAUGGGAUAUGCUGCAGAGUACGAUGUUGAACGAUACCUCCGAGAAUGUCUCGUGCCACGGAUUGCCCCCGUGAGUCGGGAAAUGAUCUUGAAUUUUGUGAGCGAAAAGGUGUUGGAUUUGCCACGGAGUUAUUGA